CACUGUCAGUAUGGCGGCAGGGUGCUGCGGGGAGGAUGCUGUGGCCGAUGAUGUUUCUGUUGCCGCCAGGAUAUGAUCAACAAAUUUACCCGAAUAGAAAAGAUAGCGAGCAACGCCUGACGUUGUGACCCUCUGGAAUAUCGACAUGGCCAGGCUGGCCGAUUAUUUUGUGGUUGUCGGGUACGACUUUGAUAAGAGGGCAAGCAGUGAAAGUCAAGGUCAGAUUCUUCAGCGCUUUCCAGAGAAAGACUGGGAGGAUAAUCCCUUCCCUCAAGGUAUUGAGCUGUUUUGUCAACCCAGUGGAUGGCAGCUGUUAUCAGAAAGAAAGCCACCAACUUUCUUUGUAGCCGUCCUGACUGAUAUAAACUCUGAGCGCCAUUACUGUGCCUGUUUCACUUUCUGGGAGUCAGUUGGAGAUCUACAGACCCAGAAAAGCCAACCUAGAGAAGCUGUUGAAGAUGAAGAUCAUGGGAUUGUGCAGCCUACACAGUUAUUUGCACCAAAGAGCUUGGUUUUGGUAUCUCGUUUGGACCAUACAGAGGUCUUUCGGAAUUGUUUGAGCCUAAUGUACACUGUACAUAUAGAUCAUCUCAAUGUGCAAUUGGAGACUUUAAUCGGAAACUUGCUUACCUGCAUUAUUCCCAUUGCUGGAGGAUCUCAGCCUUGCCUGGAUGAAAAGGAGGAACUUUCGAGAACAAUAACUUUAGGAGCUGGCGACCGUCAAGUGAUCCAGACACCAGUAAAUGAUUCACUGCCUGUGAGUGGGUGUAGUGUAGCACUUCUGUUUAGACAAUUAGGGAUUUUGAACGUGCUAUACCUGUUUUGUGCUGCUCUCACAGAACAAAAAAUUCUGUUUUUGUCAAGUAGUUAUCAACGUCUUUCUGAUGCGUGUAGAGGUAUUCUUUCAAUACUGUUCCCACUAAAAUACAGUUUCACAUAUGUUCCAAUCCUACCAGGAAAACUUUUAGAAGUUCUCAGCUCUCCAACACCAUUCAUCAUUGGAGUGAAUUCUUUUUUCCGUUCAGAAACACAAGAACUGUUGGAUGUAAUUAUAGCAGAUCUAGAUGGAGGAACAGUGACAGUGCCGGAGUGUGUCCAUGUGUCUCUGUUGCCUGAGCCACUCUUACAUCAGACUAAGACUGUCUUGUCAAUGGUAAUGGAUCCUGAAUUGCAGUAUGCUGACCAUGCCUUUCCACCCACUUCAAUACAAUCAUCAGCCCUUAAAAUUCAGGACAAAGAAAUCCGUGCUGUUUUUCUCUGGCUCUUUGCACAGUUGUUUCAGGGAUAUCGUUGGUGUUUGCAUAUUAUUCGCAUCCAUCCUGAACCUGUAAUUAGAUUUCAUAAGGCAGCAUUUUUGGGGCAAGGAUCAAUGACUGAAGAUGACUUUCUUAAUAAAGUCUUGGAUGGAAUGGCAUUUGCUGGAUUUGUAUCUGAAAGAGGACCCCCUUACAGAGCAACAGACCUUUUUGAUGACCUUAUGGCAAAUGAUAUGGAACGUAUCAAAAUGGAAGAAGGACAUCCCUGUAAAAUACUGAAGCACAUCAAAGAGCUGGCGGAACAUCUGUUUAAAAAUGAGAACCCUUAUCCAUCUGUUGCCAUGCAUAAAAUUCAGAAACCCACAGAGGGAUCACAUUUAAGGAUACAUCAAAAAAUCUUCCCCUCAUUAGAUGAAGUUGCAGUACAGUUCCGCAUUGAUCAUGCUGCAUCUAGUCAAAAAAGUGCACCCCCAGUUGUCAAACCUGAGAAAAAGUGUCUGGUGCUGUCAGGCCCGCCCAUUGCUGCCAUGGUUGACAGAAAUGGGAGUGCUCUUGCUAAUAGUGCUCGAAGAUUAGAAGUGGUUAGGAACUGCAUCACUUACAUUUUUGAAAACAAGUUAUUGGAAGCUAAAAAGCUUCUGCCAGCUGUUUUAAGAGCUCUGAAGAGUCGUGUGGCCCGACAGUGCCUGACACAAGAACUUAACCUGCAUGCUCAACAGAAUCGGGCUGUUUUGGAUGACCUGCAAUUUGAUUACAUAGUCCGAAUGAUGAACUGUACUCUCCAGGAUUGUUCUCACAUGGAUGAGCAUGGAAUUGCAGCAGCACUUUUACCUCUUGUUACAGUCUUUUGUCGAAAACUUGGAGCAGGAAUCACUCAAUUUGCUUACAGCUGUGUUCAGGAGCACAGUGUAUGGAUGAACAUGCAGUUCUGGGAGGCUAUGUUUUACAGCGAUGUUCAGAAUCAUAUACGAGCACUUUACAUUGAGGAGAAUGAGAGUUGUGAUCAGCAGGACAACGGGGAACAAAUGCCUGGUGGUAAGAGUGCAUUAGAAAUCGCUGCAGUACAGCGUAGACUGUGGCCAACGCUGUGCAAAGAGAAACAACUUGAACUGGUUCAAAAGGAGGAGAGUACCGUAUUCAGCCAGGCAAUUCACUACGCAAAUAGAAUGAGUUAUUUGUUACUUCCACUGGACACAAGUAAAAAUCGUCUCUUAAACCGAUCUGGACUCGGUGAUGUGGAGAGUGUUAGCAACAGCUAUGUCACAAACAGUAUUGCAGGUAGCAUGGCAGAAAGCUAUGACACAGAGAGUGGUUUUGAAGACGCAGAAGGCUCUGAUGUUGCGAAUACAGUUGUCCGUUUCAUUAACAGAUUUGUAGACAAAGUUUGCACUGAAAGUGGUGUGACAAAUGAACACUUGAAGACGCUUCACACUAACAUUCCAGAUAUUGUCCAGAUGCACAUUGAAACGUUGGAAGCUGUACACAGAGAAAGUAAGAGGCUGCCGCCAAUACAAAAGCCAAAGCUUUUAAGGCCAUCCUUAUUGGUUGGUGAAGAGCUGGUGAUGGAGGGUCUUAGGGUGAACCUGAUGUCAGAUGGUCGAGAUGAAGCAACUGGUGGUGUAAGUGGAGGGCUAGCAUUGCUUCCAGCUGAGGGUGCGAUUUUCCUUACUACGUACAGGCUUAUUUUCAAGGGAACUCCUACUGACCCACUGGUGGGAGAGCAAGUGGUUACACGUUCAUUUCCAAUUGCUUCUUUAACAAAAGAAAAAAAAAUAUCUUUUCCUGCACAAAUGGAGCCGUAUUUUGGUGAAGGACUGCAGCUACGAUCUUGCACGUUUCAGUUAAUGAAAAUUGCUUUUGAUGAAGAAGUUUCAUCUGAUCUGGUGGAAUUAUUCAGGAAGCACCUCCAUAAACUGAGAUACCCACAACAAGUUCAAGGAACUUUUGCUUUUACUGUGGGACAGUCUGCUAAAACGUUGGUUGAAACCAAAAGUAAGGAGAAAAACCAGUCAUUAAAUCCUUGGCAGAUGAAUGAAUUCCUCCACGGUCUCAAGAUUGGUUUAACCAUGGGUCAUAUCAGCCAUUCAACGACAACCCUUUCUAAGAACCUUAUGAAGAAUGCUAAAAAGACUAUUGGACGUCAGUAUGUGACAAGAAAAAAGUAUACACCACCCACGUGGGAAACCAGAAGUGGAGCACAGUUUGCUACUGAUGAAGAUGACAUUUCAAUUUCAGAAGAGCCAGACCAGAGUUCCUUAACUUUGUCUUCAACCAUCAAGUCUUCUGAUCGCCAAACAAUGAGCAAUGUGGUUGAACGAGCCUGUUGUCGAGAUUACCAACGCCUGGGAUUAGGUACACUUAGUAACAGUCUAACUCGAUCCAAAAAUGAACCUUUUAGGAUAUCCACUGUAAAUCGCAUGUACACAGUAUGCAGGAGCUAUCCUGGACUUCUCAUUGUACCACAGAGCAUUCAAGAUCCUACUAUCCAGAGAAUUUCUAGAUGCUAUCGUCAUAACAGAUUCCCUGUUGUUUGUUGGAGAAACUCUCGAACUAAAGCUGUUUUGUUGAGGUCAGCUGGGCUUCAUGGAAAGGGUGUUGCUGGGUUCUUCAAAUCACCUAACGCACCAACAGCAGGUCCUUCUCAGACUGACUCAACUAGUUUAGAACAAGAAAAAUAUCUUCAGGCCAUCAUAAAAUCGAUGCCUUCAUAUUCAGAGGCAACUGGGAGAAAUACACUAAGUGGCUUCAGUUCUGCCCAAAUGAGCAGUUCAGUCUCAGUGAUAGGUCACAGAGCUAGGGUCAUCUCUCUCUCGCAACCUAGAGCAACGGUGAAAGCAAGAAAAUCUCCGAGAGGAAAAUGGGGAAGUAUUCGUGUUAACAAUCGGAUGAGCAGCUAUAACCCAGACAUUGGAACUAGAUUGGCAGCAAAGGAUAUACCACCUCCCCAGGCCAAUGGAGGACCCUCUGAAACACAUUUUUUGAGGCAACAAAGAGCAUACCUGUACAUCAUCGGUGAUAAGUCACAAUUGAAGGGCACCAAACAGGAUCCUUUUCAGCAAUGGGAAGUUGUUCCUAUUGAGGUGUUUGACAUACGACAAGUGAAAAAUAGCUUUAAAAAGCUUAUGAAGGCUUGUGUUCCCAGCUCUGUAUCUAACGAGUCAAACAUGACCUUUUAUCGAUGCCUUGAAGACUCAGAGUGGCUUUGCCUGCUUCACAAAGUUCUUCAGGUCUCUGUUUUGGUGGUGGAGUUGUUAGAUUCAUCUUCCUCAGUAAUGGUUUCACUUGAGGAAGGAUGGGACAUAACUACUCAGGUGGUGUCCCUUGUCCAGUUGUUAUCAGAUCCAUAUUAUAGAACAAUGGAGGGCUUUAGACUACUUGUGGAAAAGGAAUGGUUGUCUUUUGGGCAUCGGUUUAGUCAUCGUGGGGCUCAGACUUUGGCUAGUCAGAGCAGUGGAUUUACCCCAGUCUUUCUUCAGUUCCUUGACUGUGUCCACCAGAUCCAUCUUCAGUUCCCUAUGGAGUUCGAGUUCAGUCAGUACUACUUGAAAUUUCUGGCGUACCACUAUGUGUCUAAUCGCUUCAGAACCUUUUUGUUGGACUGUGACUGUGAGAGGAUUGAACUUGGUGUAAUGUAUGAAGAAAAAGGUGAAAGGAAGAAUCAAACUGUGUACAAGUCUGUGUGGGAUUAUAUAGACAAGCUAAACAAGAAGACUCCCAUCUUUUUUAAUUACAUGUUCUCUCCUGAGGAUGGAGAAGUGUUAAAACCAUACAGUCAUAUUUCAAAUCUGAAGUUAUGGGAUUUCUACACUUAUGAAACACUAUCAGAAGGCCCAUCAUAUGACUGGGAAUUAGUGCAUGGACGUUACGAGCAACCAGAUGAAAGUGAUCGUCAAGACACAGCCUCUCAGAAGUCUCAGCGUAAAAUUGUUUGGCCGUGCUAUGACAACAGAAGUAAGGUUGAACCAGAUGCCAUUACUAAGCUUUUGCAGGAGCUCCAGUCACUGGAAGUUGAACUUGGUUUAGUUUCAGAGAAAUGGAAGGACACGUGGGAUAAAAUCAAAGCAACACAACGAACAGAGACAAAACUGGAAUCAAGGCAUUCUUUGUUUAGUCCUCUGCUCUUGUCAUCAAAUCUGAGCCAUCAACGACGCACCCAAGGCAUGUAUCUACAAGAAAGUGUAGGCUCUUCCAUUAACCUAUUGGAAAGUGAGAACAUUGCUACCUCUACACCAUCAGGUAGCAUGGCAAGUGGAAGGCGAAGUACUAGCACCCUGUACAGCCAAUUCCAAACCUCUGAAAGUGAACACAGAUCACUUGAGGGUGUCCUCUAUAAGAAGGGUGCUAUCCUAAAACCAUGGAAACCACGUUGGUUUGUCCUUGAUAAAACAAAGCACCAGUUGAGGUACUAUGAAAGCAAGAUUGAUAAAGACUGUAAAGGUGUGAUUGACCUGGCUGAAGUGGAAUCUAUCAUCCAAGGAACCCCAUCAAUGGGAGCUCCCAAAAAUAUAGAUGAAAAGGCCUUCUUUGACCUGAAAACAACAAAGAGGUUUUAUAACUUCUGUGCGCCAGACAGCCAUAAUGCCCAGCUUUGGAUAGACAGUAUACAGAGCUGCCUGUCUGAUGCCUGAAACCAUAGGAGUUGAAUGAAGACAUACUGAACUCUGUGUUACAUAAAGUCAUUCCUGCCUGGAAACAGAAAAGGAUUACUGCAGCACUCUGGAAAGGAAAUUCCAAAUACUGCAAAUUAAACCACUCCAGCCUGCAGUUGUCAUGGCCCAAAAGCAGAAUGUUUAAGGAUGGUUAGGGAAUGUUUUACAGUAAAGGUGCCAUUUUGAUUUGUGGUAUCUCACGUAUCUCAACUUUUCUUUGUUGUCCCUUUUAUGCUCAUCAGGUACAGGUUACAGCUACUAUAAACCAAACAGAGAUUAACGCUGUAUUUCAUACUCUAUACUCGUGACCCUAAGAUGAAAGGUUAUACAGUAAAUUCACUUGUUCUGGUGGGGACUAUUGUCAAAUCCUGAACUGGCAUUCCUUUGUGUUUCAAUCAAGCCAAUAUCCAGUUUACUUUUUUAAACUAAUUCUUGCAUGAUAGGCUUUUAAAUGUUGUUCAUGUUAAAAUUGUGUUUCUUGCAGUUCACACUGUUUUAAUUAAAUUAUGAAGGACUUGUGCAGGAUUUUGUGAUUUGCAUUACAUAGUUUCCUUAACAGCAUACAGGAAAAUUCUGUCUCUAAGGAGAACAUUAUGUUAGUGAAAUUCCACAGCACAGUCAAGAUUUCUAAAUAUUUAAUUGUAGAGUUGGAAUGCAUUGCAUUAUUCUUUGAAUGGAGCUGUGGUGGCAAAAACUAUGCAUGAAAAGUAAUUUUAGUGAAGAUAGUCUGAUUUAGGGCCUGUGGCAGGUUUGAAAAGCCAGUGUCCUGUUUUGCUCAUUUCCAGUAAAAGCUUUGAUCAAAAAAACAAGACCACUUCAAGAGCUCACAUAGUUUCCUUAACAGUUAAGGUUUUAACUUUGAAGUUUUUAUCUACUUCUGUGAUAUAUUUAGGUGUUGCUGCCCCUAAUUCUGAGCUGGCACAAUGGAUGAAGUAAAUAAUAUUUUCGUAUCAUGAGAUACUAGAAGAGGACUCUUAAAAUUAAGAACUACGUUUUGCACAAUGUAUAUAUUCAGGUCUUCUGUGCUUGCCCGUCUUCUCAAGAAUGCUUCCAAAGAUUUUUUUUGUUUUGUUUUUGUUUUGUUUCAUUUUUAACACUGGUUUGUUUGAACAGAUUUGGGGUGCCAGUUUAGGGCUGGGAAAGUCCACCAGACAAAACAAGUGCAGAGUUAGUAAAACUGAUGAUCUAAAAGCAGCUACAGCUAACAUUUAAUGUUCUUCCGUGUUUUUAUUUAAAGAACCACUAUUAAUAUUUAAAAUGUAAGGGAUGUAUAAGGGCAAGGAGGGGGGUGUGUUUUAUUUUCAUUAUUAACUUAUGCAGAUUCAAAAUGUGUUAAUGAAGCAGGAUUGGUGAUGCUCAGAGUGACAAAGGGAGGCAGGCAUUGUUUACAGGGCACAGCUGUGAGAGGCUUCUACUGCUGCUUUGUUGAAAGGACAAGUGUGUUGGUUAUUUAUCUCUUUGGAUUUGGCUGCUCCACAAUCUUGGUUAUUUGAAAAGAGGAGACUGGCGUACAAAGUGCUAUAGUCCCCUGUCUUAAAACAUACAAACAUUUAACAGUUUUGGUUUUUUUUUGUAAAUAUUAUUUCCAAUAAAAACAAUAACUUUCUGUGGGUUCACUUCUGUAGCCGAUUAAGUGACUCAGGUAAAAAUUUCUACAUUUGAAUUACUGCUGAAGAUGCUAGAUAGUGUGAGUAUUUGAAUUCUACACUUCAUCACAUUCCACCACAUAGUUGGGAUGGUUCGCUGAACGUUUAAGGAAUGGGAACAUUUCUUCCAGCUGUUUUCUAAACCUGUGGUAAUUUUGUUUUCUAAUUUUAUGAUAGUUUUCUUGUGGUUUGCUUAAUAAAUUGCACCUUUUAUAGGAAGAGGCAAGAUUAAGAGCCGAAGCUUGUUUGCAUUCUCUUUCUCUGACUCAAUUUGGUGCACAUCCUCUAAGCAGUCAAGUACAACCGAGUUGUGUGUUAGAAGCAAUGUCAGUGUGUUUGUGUGUAUAUUUGUGUCAUCAGAUGCUCCAAAUUUUACUUGUUACUUUUUUUUUCCACUUGGCCAGUUACUUCCUGCCUUGGGAUGUUAAAAUCAAAAUGUGGGUUAUUAAAUAGAAAGGUAUUACAUAAAUCUCAGUUUUAACACAUUACCUCCUUGGGGGCGUCAUGCUGUUCCUGCCCCCAACUUCAAAAGAACAUAAACACACAAAAGUAUUUACUCUCUUCAGGCUUCAAGCACUAAUGUACCUUAGGUAAGAAGAAUGGAAAUAACUGGGUUGCAAAAACUUCUUGUGCCCACACCACCUUCUUCUGUUGGCUUUUGGCAGUGUCGACUCUCACAGCUGUAGGUAUCAAGCAGUGUUGUAGCUAGAGGUGAGCUGUUACAUUUUGUAAUGCUUGUACAUAGUCGUCCCUCAGUGCUUCUUAGGAAAUGAUCUUUCUGUACAGUGUACCGCUGACUGUUUACAAAAGGCAUUUUACCACAUUUUCCAGUUUUUUUAUCCUACCAAUCCAAAUCAAGCUAUGCACCUGUCUUAAAUGCUCUCUCUAAAUGUUGAGCUUGAGCAGAGUGCAAACAGCACAACCGUAUCGUCCUUGGUAUCCGUCAUUUACUGCAAAACUCUGCACAAGCUAAAGCUGGCAGAUGUGUUUACUGCUUUGCAGAAGGUAAUCCAAUCCAGUUUGAUAGCUUUCAAUGGGAAUUUUGUGCUCUUCACGACUCUUUUAAACCAUUCACAUUUUUUUUUUUUUUUACACCAUUUUUAUUCUGAUGCCUUAACAAUGAACAUGACAGGAAAAUCCAGGUGAGUGCGAUUGUCAUCUCAGAUGAGCCAUAACAUUGUAACCAGCCACAUUGUGUGGAAAUGUUAUGCAAGUAAAAGCAUUUGUGCAGAGCGUUAAAGUUUGGCCUUUUUUACCCAUCGGUUAAUAAGUAAGUACUAGACUGGUCGUUGAAUAGCUGAUUCAUAAUUUAGGUUUGAUCCAGUUAAGUACAAAUAAACAUACUAAAACAACAACUGUUAACACACGCUGAUGUUCCAUUUCAUAGCUGAGCAUUGGCCAUUUUAGUCUCCUAGUUGUAAUCAUGACCUGUUUGCUUCAUGGGAGAAGUUAAGUGAUCUUUACAUCUGAAGGUUCAGUAGAUCAGGGCAGCAAAAAAGAGGGAGCCCACUGAAGCAAAAGUCACAAACCACAAUUGUAGGCCGGUUCCUUUAAAAAAAGGUUGCUGGGCAUUUCAUAAUAAUGACUAACUUGUGUUUCACAGAAAAGUAAUAAUUUCACAAAGACUGUGCUUGUCCAGACUCAGUUUUACAUAAUUUCUACCAAAAUUGGAGAGUCUGUCUGAUUAGCACGUAGGCAUGAAAUCGCUUUACACAUGACUGGCCAGUUGUGAAAGAGCAGCCUAAGAAGUCUCCUCAGGAGCACAAAGGGCCCUUUAUUUUUCAAAAGGCUCACUCCAAGUCCUGGUCCAUUCCUGUUAUGCUAUCAUUUGUGGCUUUGGAUCCAAUUCCGUGUCAUAGUCUUAAGCUUUCUGACAGUGUUUCUUAUGGAUGGUGCGAUGAAACUGGAAAAUGUGGUCAUAUUCAACAAGUUUGGCUAAGAAAAAACAAAAAAAAAAUCUUAUUUUUUAUUCACCUUCACCAGACAUUUAGAUGUUCUUCUAAUAAUAGAAUCUAUCACUGUAUAUAAUACUAAGAUUUUAUAUAAUGUAGUAAUUUAUUUAACUCUGUCAUAUGUAAGAAAGAUUAAAAUCCCCUUUAAACCUCAUUUUUUAUUUGUGUGAGUAGACAUGCAGUAUGUGCCAUUAUUGACUUUAUUAACCCAGCUUUAUCUUUGCAGAUUCUUUUCACUUACACCUUCUGCUGUACACCUCAAGCUUAAACCCUGAAAUUGUUGACAAAUUUGCUCAAGUUUGUAAAAUGGUAGUAUUACAUGUGAGCACAUAUCAGAACUAUUUCAAAUGUCUAAAUGGUAAGAGAAGUCAUUUCUCUUUGUUUUAUCUGUACAAAUAUGUCUUCAUUCCUUGUUCAUUCUCUUAAUUUAGCAUUUAGGCAGAUGCGCGUGAUGCAGCUUUUCAUUAACUUAUGCAACUGGUAAUGAGGAUUCACUUUUUCUUCUCACCAUAUUUGUUGGAUUUAUUUAUUUAACUACAGAAAUGUUAAUUUAAAUUCUGACUAAAAUGUCAUUGUUUGUAUGAAGCUUCAAGUAUAAAGUUCUGCUUUGAGUUUAUAUUUGCAUGAACCUUCUAGCCAGGUGUGUUUGGAGAGCUUCUAAUUCCAAGUACUUUGACUCUUUUCAUGAUAUUUCUUAAACAGAUUAAUUCUCUGAGGUUGUAUAAUGCACCAUGUUAAACCACUGGGUGGCAGGCACCUCCUUCUCUGGCCCACAAAGAUGUCUGUGUGCCAUUUGUGCUGAGGUCGAGGCUGGAGCAAAUCAUAGGACAGAAUGGGCACGGAUGUCACAGAGAAUGAAAGCCACCUCCGUUUUCUCCCUUGCCUGCCCAGUUUUAGUUAAUACUACCAUUUUAUUUUUGUCCCUUAGGUGUAUAAGGUAAUGUCAACUUAUGAAGGGUACAUGUCUUAGUACCUUUUUUUCCAUUUUUUUAAAGCAGGAGUUUCUGGGGCAUGUGUUUGCCAAUUUUUAAUGUAUUAUAAUAUAGCUAUGUAGUAUAAAUAUUUGUUUUCCCCCCUUAAAAAGAUUCUCCUCUUCAGCGGAGUCUUUGCCCACAUCUUAUUUUUUUUUUCUUUUUUGCUUUACAUUUUUAAAGGAACUGAAUGUUUUAUGAUUUUUGUAUAUAGUCUUUUUUUUUCUUUGUAUAAAAAUUUGCCUGGCAAAUAGAUGGCACUAUGUGGAGUUUGUAAAAUACCUGAGCAGCAAUGUAGAGUACUCAAAUUGUAUCAAAGUUCUGUACAUUGUGUUAUACGUACAGAGUUCUUGUAUUGUGCCUAGGGAAACAAAAAAAAGUCUAACUCAAAUUUAAUAAAAUUAUAUAUAAAGAGG